AGGGCUGUCUGCCAGGGUAUCAUGGCAGUGGUUGCAACAUACCAUGUGACAGUCCAGGAGGUGGCUGUGCAGCAUGUCCAGGUGGUUGUGAUGGAGGAUAUUGUCAGCUGGGCUCCUCCUGUGUGUCUGGAUGUGUGGACUCCUACUACGGGACUGACUGUGAUGGAAAAUCGGGUGGUAAAGUGGGACUAUAUGUAGGACUUUCCACAACAGCUGUCGGUGUCAUGGUAAUGAUCCGUCUGGUUGUGUGCUGCAAGUACCGUCAACGUUUGAGAAAGAGAAGUGUCACCCAGACAGAGGAUGUUGUGUGCAACAAUGCUACCACAAUGGACGAUGCCCCUGUCAGUGAGCUAGAAUGGUAUUCUGACAUGCCACAGACAGACAUGGCUGUGCAGUCUGAGUCGCCUGAUGGGAACUGCGGGGGUCCGGUUGAAGCUGGUGAUGUGGAUGAUGAUGUUUAUGACGUUGCAGAUGGAGGGAAACGGGAAUUCGAUGCUGCUGAUUGCAACAUAUACUCCAAAUUAUCACAUGCAUGGUAAUCAGUUAUUUUGAAAUGGUCCUUCAUUGACUAAUGUCACUGUCCA